CCCCGCCCCUUUUCGGCUGCCCUCCUCGGAGUGCGCGUUGCACUCGUUGCAGUAGGAGGGUCCAUGUGCGCAGAAUGACGGCUCUCUGACUUCCAAGUCAAUCCGACUCCUCCGUUUUGUUUUUUUUAUUACUGUUUUUUUUUUUUCCCUCCCCUUUUUUUUCCUUCAAAUCUCGGGCCCAGCAUCGCUUAAAAAAAACAAAAAAAAAUAGUUGCGGCCAUAAUGUGAGAUCAUCUCGCUGGUGUCGUCCGACCCCCCCCCCACCUCCUCCCCUCCUCCCCUCCUCCUCCUCCGUUCAGUCCUGUCAGGGAGCAGCGGCUCGCUGUGGAGGAUUACUAGUGAUAAUACGCAGUAGACUUCACCGGUGUGUCUGCCUGUCAAAACUACCAAACUAUGGUUCCGACAGAGUAGACGCGGCACGUUUCGUUGCGUGUGUUUAUAGUGACUUUGCCUUGGCGUGUCUUUUCGCUGUUCUUUUUAUUUUAUUUUAUUUUUUAUUUUUUGCGUGGUCCUUUUUGGAUUAUCGCUGCCCAGCAACACGGCCACCUGACAACUCCGAAUGUCGUAAUCAAGGCGAAUCGAUGAGCCAGCUAUGGAGACCAAAAGAUACCAAAGUUUCUUUGAUGGAAGUGACACAGAGAACAGAUGGCCGCAAGUCCCCAUCACCAUGGAGAACUGCUGCAGCACGGAGGAUUCAAGUCUGACUAGCGGCGAUAUCCUGAUGGACAUAGUCAACGUCAGCUGCGCCGCCGGAAGCCCGGCCGCCGACUGCAAAGAAACCAAUACGAAGAAGCAGGAGCAGCCGGUGCUUCGGCUCGGCCAGAACCAGGCGUUUGUUCUCCCGCACUUCAACAACAACUCCCUUCAUUGUCAUAAGCAGGAUAUGGACUCCAAAGAGCUAUCCAAGACCGUGGCUGAGUCUAUGGGCCUGUAUAUGAAUGCUGCCAGGGAGGCAGACUUUGCCAUUAGCCAGCAUGGGGGCAGUAGCAGCCCUGGGAAGAUGUACGCCGUGUGUGGACGGGCCCUGGAGGAGGCCCAGUGUGGAUCCACGAAAAGCCCCAAGUUAAAGCCAUUCGGGUUCCAGCAGCCCAGCACCACUCCCAGAGAACGCACCACUGGGACUCCGGUUAGUUCGGCCUCAAUGUUGGCCUCAUCUCUGUCCUGCAGCCCCCAGACGUCCAGCGCCAUCUCCAGCCCAGGGGGCAGCAACAACAUGGUGUCGUCGACCACCAGUCCCCCCACGUGUUUCGGACUGGUGUGCUCGUCCGCCUGCAGUCCUGUCAGCCAGACGCCCUGUUCUGCAGCUUUGGCCAACAUCAAGCGCAGGAAUUCAGCCACAUGUAGCCCCGUGGAGUCCAGCACGGUGGGCUCGCCGCCUCUCACCAGCCCGCUCAACGUCAUGAGGUCACCCUUGUCCAGCCCCCGGAGUAUGAGCAGCGUGAGAUCGCCUCCGUCCUGCAGCACCACCUGUAACAUUAGGUCAUCUGUGUCGAGCCCCACGGGUGGCUGCUGCACCAGCACUGCCAACAACGGCAUCACAGCAAGGCCCUCCGUCUCCAGUCCGGCCAAAGGGGGCGCUAUGGCUGUCAGCAGCCCACAGAACCCCCCCUCAGGUGGCUUUCCGCUGUGCAGUCCCGCCAGCGGACUGGGUUUGGUGCAGAAUGACACCAACAGCCCAGAAGCGGCAGGUCGGACCAGAGACGCGGACUUCAACAACUUUGAAUUCCCUAAAGUAGAGAUGGUAGACGGGGAGGUGUUCAACGUCGGCUUAGACCAGAUGGGCAUGGUUAAGUACAUUAAGAACGAGCCUGGAACGGACUUCAGGAGCAUGUGUUUAGGCAGCUCCAAAUGUAGUGGGAGUAGCACACCUUUCAUCACACAGAUCAAGAGCGAGCCAAACCAAGAUGAGGGAUGUAUGAACCAACAGCCGUAUGGUGAGCACUCGCCAUCCCAUAGUCUCUAUCCUGCAUCUGAGACAACCUACCUGUCCCUGAGGAAUAACAUUGAUGAAUACAGUCUUUCUGGUAUCUUAGGACCCCCUAUCCCCUCUAUGAAUGGGACCUACGAUCCCGAUGUGUUCUCCAACAAUGUCCUGUCUAAAGGGGUUAAGCAGGAGACCCCCGAUGGCAGCUAUUACCUAGAGAAUAACAGCCUGCCCGCGUCGGCCAUUGUUGGAGUUAAUUCCGGCGGGCAUUCAUUCCAUUACCAGAUUGGAGCGCAAGGAACAAUGUCUUUCACGCGGCACGAUGUGAGGGACCAGUCCAACCCUUUAUUGAAUCUAAUUUCGCCCGUAACGGCGUUAAUGGAGUCGUGGAAAUCUCGGCCGGGCAUGUCACAGGGCUCACUGUCAGCCAGAGGCGAGGGAUACCUGGGUCAGAACUGCAUCACGGACAGCUUGAGCAGCUCGCCGCUGAGACAACCGUCCUCGACGGCCAAAGUGUGCCUGGUCUGCGGGGACGAGGCGUCGGGGUGCCACUACGGCGUGGUGACGUGCGGGAGCUGCAAGGUGUUCUUCAAAAGGGCCGUGGAAGGUCAGCACAACUACCUGUGUGCCGGCAGAAAUGACUGCAUCAUCGACAAGAUCCGAAGGAAAAACUGUCCGGCGUGCCGCGUACGGAAGUGUCUCCAGGCCGGGAUGAACCUCGGAGCACGAAAGUCCAAGAAGCUCGGGAAGCUGAAGGGUGUCAGUGAGGACCUGCCGGGCUCUAAGGAUGGACCGACUGCCACCGGCGGCGCCGGAGGCGGAUACCUGUCGUCGGAGAAGGAGCUCAACGCCGCCGCCGCCCUGGUGCCCCACGGGCCGGGCGGGGUCGCACCUUUUCUGCCGCCCUCCAUCUGCAGCGUGCUGGAGCUGAUCGAGCCCGAAGAGGUGUACUCCGGCUACGACAACACGCGGCCCGACACCACCGACCACCUGCUGUCCAGCCUCAACCGGCUGGCCGGGAAGCAGAUGGUGCGCAUGGUGAAGUGGGCCAAAGUGCUUCCAGGUUUCCGGGGCCUGCCCAUCGAGGACCAAAUCACCCUGAUCCAGUACUCGUGGAUGUGUCUGUCCUCCUUUUGCCUCAGCUGGCGCUCCUACAAACACACCAACGGACAGAUGCUCUACUUCGCCCCUGACCUCAUCUUCAACGAGGAGCGCAUGCAGCAGUCGGCCAUGUACGACCUGUGUCUGGGCAUGAGGCAGGUGAGCCAGGAGUUUCUACGGCUGCAGCUGAGCUACGACGAGUUCCUCUCCAUGAAGGUCCUUCUGCUUCUCAGCACAGUUCCCAAAGAGGGUCUGAAGAACCAGGCGGCGUUCGAGGAGAUGAGGGUUAAUUACAUUAAGGAGCUCCGGCGUUCAGUGGGGAAAGCGACCAACAACUCGGGCCAAACCUGGCAGCGCUUCUUCCAGCUCACCAAGCUACUGGACGCCAUGCACGAUCUAGUGGGGAACCUUCUGGACUUCUGUUUCUACACCUUUCGGGAGUCCCAGGCGCUGAAGGUGGACUUCCCCGAAAUGUUGGUGGAGAUCAUCAGCGACCAGAUACCAAAGGUGGAGUCGGGCCUCACUCACACGAUCUACUUCCACAAGAAGUGACUCCCUUAACAGUCGGGUGAGAAGCAGCGUAUUAAAAACAAAACAAAAAAAAGAGGAAGAAAUGGGGAAGACGGUCAGAAAAAGAGAAAAAUGUGCGAGAAAAGGCCCGAGAAGUCGGCCCGCACCUCCCCCUCGCCCACUAAGCCGGCGUCCUCGUCUGGGAUGGGAAAGUUAAGCGACGCGGUGACAGAAGUAAAAACCGGGGAUUUGACCCGGAGGUCACCACGAGCGGGUCGGGGCUGUGAAUGCCGCGUGGGGCAAAGCGCCACACGCCCAGAAGGACUUGAGACACAUGUGACAAAGCAUCCUGAAGUACCCACCCCGUGUGUAUCCCCCCCCCUGCCCCAAAGACAGUAUUUUCUAUGGAGUUAAGCCAUACAUUUCUUAGGAUGCGCUAUAUACAUUCACUGCGUGCACACACACACACACACACACACACGCACACACGGGGGGAAUUCACUAAAAUCAGAAUCCCUGUUUUACUUUAGAAAGAACCUUUUGGCAAAUAUUACACGUGGCUUAUGCAGUCUUUCACAAAAAAAAAUAUAUGCCAACACUUAGAUUUUGCUUGGCAGUGUAGCAGCGUACUGCAAGACAACGGGACAAUUAUGAGGAGACAGAAAUUAUAGACGGGCAGGCGAAAGGUCUUUUUGAAAUAUCAUCCAAGGGCUAUACAAGCGUCAUCGUAGGCUAAACAAUUAUAUUAAAAUCUAACGAGUCCGAGUUUCAACUUCAGUCCGUCUCAUAACAGCCAUCACAUUCACGUUCCGAGUUAAAAAAAAAGAAAAAAAAAAAAGUAGUAAAACAAUCAAAACUAAUAUGCAAAAGUCCAAAGCUAAAGCGGUUUGGAAGAGAAAAAGGUUAAACGAGAAGCUCCCGUGUCAUAAAGUCACACAUUUUGUCAUAAAGUCACACAUUUUGAGACAUUGAGGUGUAGAAUUAUGACAAUUUUGAUCGAACGAUUUUACACAAAAGUGCAGGAUGGAAAACAUCACGCAUUCACAAAAACGUGUUGGCUGGUAAUGGAUUUAACUGAGGUGCAUACAUAGUAAUUGUGUUUUGUGUUAUCUCCAGAGCAGCUGUCCAAAUGUCUGUUUUUACUCACAAUGAAGCAAAACCAACCCUUUGUGAACCAACACUUAUCUACUCUUCCCAGAAAUAAUAAGACGCGUUUUUAUAAAAGUGUGUUGCAAAGGUUUCGUUUUUGACAAGCCAGUCAUUUUACAUUAAGGUGCUUCAUUUCUACAAAGCCGGGCAAAGCUUAACAUGUACAGUAACUGUGCGGACGCGCCGUUUAAAAACCCCCACACAUACUCUGUAAAGUUGAUAUAAUCCAAAAUGGAGCAUUACUCUGCAGUGCUUUCAGCAAACAGCUAAUGUAUCAAAAACCAGGCAAAUGUGUACAGGUAUUAACGUCUUUAACGCAUCCUAUUUCAGCGGUUGUACAGAAAUGGUCUUGAGGUACGCGGUGAUGAAUGCUAGAUGAAGACCUGGAUGAUCAACCUUUCCCCGAUUUGGUUUAAUUGCUUACUCUUAUCUCCGGGCCAAGCUACUACUACUUUAGGUUUCUGUCAUCUGGACAAUUAACCCGUCUCACACCCCACUGGCUCCCGGGUGGUCUGUGGAAGCGACGCUAUGCUAUGUAUGAUGCUACUGAAAAGCGAUAAGAGCCGCUGGGGGGGGAGAAGCGGUGGUGGGGGCGUGUGAUUUAUCUGUCUUUCUGGGGCCCUGUGAGUGUGUAUUUACGUUUGUGCACAGAGCGAGGACGGCCUAAGUUUGUGAGCGUGUGUUUUUUUUUUUCUUUCUUGUUUUCUGCCAAGCAUGUGCGCGUCGCCGCUCGGCUAUUUCAGCGUGGGUAUUAUGCAUUUGUGUUGUAGGAUUAGUCGUAUCCUAUUCCGACAUUUUUUCAAUUUGCACAGAGGAGAUACAAUGUGACGUGAGGCAUUAGUGCAGCUAGCGGGAAACUGUCUGUUUUGAUAAGCAACCGUGAUGAUGCAGGAAAACACUUUCUGCAUGGUCACCCCCGCCUGAAAGGCGGACAACGUGACAUCAUUGGCGGGGUGCCGGGUGCUCGCGUGAAGUAUUUGUGGCCUCGGCUCUGACGGUGGCGAUGACGCCGCGCUACACUAGGAGGUCGCUUUUGUGUUGCGCCGAUUGUGCGAAGGUCGGAGGACGAAACGGCGGACGUGGCACGAUCGCAACUGUUGUUAAGGACUGUACGAAAGCUAUUUGGAGGGGCCAGUGGGGCGGGCAUGUAUUUUAAAUUUUGGCCCAAGGGAGGUUAGCUUAUAGUCAAGGAAGCAGGGGGAGGGUGUUUCAUUCAUCCCCAGUGGAAAAUAUUGUGGUUCCCAUGGUGAUUUUUCUUAUCAGAUGACUCACUGGCUUUUAUGAACCAACUGUUUAGCAGCUCUUUAUUUAAAAAAUAAGGACGGUCUGUAUUUUCACUAUUUUGAUAUGCAUAGGAUAUGAAUUUAGGGUUUCAGUCCCCGUCUCCCGCACUAUAAGUUUCGUACAGUCUCUUGUGAGGAAGGCCUCAUUUUACAGCCUGUAUUUGUUGUGCUUUGUGUACACAAGUUGUGAAGGACCCUUAAGCUAUUCUCUCACCCUUUUUUUUAUUUUAUUUUGCCCCUUUUUGAAGAAUAAAAAAGGUUCAUAGGAUGAAUGGGAAAGUAUUUUUGAGAGAAUUAUAUUUUGCUGGAAAACAAUAUUUAAGUACUUUGUCUAAAAACGAUAUCCUUUUUGUAAAAUGAAAUGUUAAUGCAUGCUUUUUGAUGAGAUGUUUACAUUGUAUUUAAAAAAGGGAAACUUGUGCCUUUUUAUCUCACCUGAUUUACAAUUUUACAGUAUAUAUUGUAAAUAAUACAGCAAGUCCUUAUGUUGAGUAUAGUAUAAAACAUUUCUACUUUAACCAUCUUGUUGGAAUAUUGGAAAAAUGUGUGUUUCCCACUCGCCAUGGUCUGUGUGUUGGAUCAGAACUUAGUUGAGCUGGCGCCAGAAAGGGCCAAACAGAGAAAUGAAUGUAACAUACAUUGUGAGAGACUUAUGGAACUUACUACCUGAAUGUUAGAGAGAGUACAUUUAUUAUCUUCUUAUUAAGUCAAAUUACUUGAUUUUUUGCAUUUUUACUUUUUGCAUCUUUGGUUAAGUGGCUAAAACAAAAGAUAAUAAUAAUCAAAAAGUAUUUCUUAUUUUGUAACGAGAUGUAUCAAGUGAUGGAUCCUUGAGUUGUUGCUGUUAAAAUGAUUUCCCACCCCGUGGCGGUAUUGUUUAUGAGCACCACAAUAAAGUCAAGAAAUCACAGACUAUUUAAACCGUUGUACGGGAAAGAACGUUCUUAAUGCACAAACAAAACUAAGUGAAAUGAUGUGGAGGCUCUGGACCUGAAGGUGUGCCGAUUCAUAUUUGACUAGUUAUUAAUUGCCAAUAUAUUGCAAAUUUUGGCAAAUAUAAAACAAGUUUUAAUCAUAACAGAAACUAAUUUGUCCCAAAGAACGGCAAUGUUAAAACGUACACACAUCACACAAAAUAUUUGGCUUUUAAAAUAUUUGGUAAAUGCACUUUUCCCCUUUCUGAGAGCCCCUAAAACUCAGCAAUUAACAAGCAUCUUGUUUGUCAAACUCGAGGAAAGAGUGUGAAAAUGACCAGCUGUAGCUUUAUGGCGGUUCACGUGCUAGACUGUCGCAGACGGAACUCACUCCGCUCGAAGAAAUAGUUUCUGCACAAAAUCCUGCAUCAAAUAACAACUUUUAAGUGUGGGCUCCUGUUUUUGUACAAACUACAUUUUUAACUCAUUUUUGUUACUUAGUGCGCUUUAGAGGUGCUGUAGAGCUGUAUCCCGGUUUCUCGGUCUUUAUGCUAAGCUAGGCUAACUGUCACCGGCCCAGGUGGACGAUAAUCGAAUUGAAUCCUCAGCAAGAAGGUUGUUUCCCAAAAAGGUCAAAGAUUCAUGACUUAUUGAUGCAUUAAUGAACUGUAAUUUCUUUUUUAAAAUCACUAGCCCUCACAAAAUGAAAAAAAUGAGAAAAAAAACGACAUUAUCGGCAUAGCAACAGGAUUUUGAACGUUGUCUCCCUGAAAACUGAACUCCUUUUACUCAUGAAUGACUCAGAAUGUGUUAAACUGCUGUUACACAAUCGCAUUAUUGUAUGUGAAGUCACGUCACGUCACAGUGAGGAAUAGAGACACUAAGCCAUAUCUCCACGGCCAUGGCAGUGCAUCUCUUUCUAGUAUCUAAACAAAUGUUUUUGUUUUUCAAUUCCAAAAAUGACUUUUUACUGCUUUGUACAAUAUUUCUCAGCAACUAUCCAGCAAACAUACAGUAGACAUCUUUCACCAUAAACCAAUAAAACCAGUUGCUACUGUACAUCUUGAUGCAGAUAUUGCCAUACUUGUGUUUGCAAAACUAUUGCAAGAUUCUAAUAAAAACUGUUAAAUUGA